AUGGAAUUCAGCUUUCAGAUAUUUUUUUGUUCUUACGUGAACUGGUGCAGUUCAUGCUCUAACGUAAAAAUAGAGACAGCAGUGAAUGUGUCAACUGUAGACUUGUCUGGUUGUACAGAUACAAGACAGUACAACAUGACAGUGACAAACUCAGACUAUGUUGUGUUGUACAGAAAUUCAACCACCUGCUGCUCGGGAAAUCUUUCAAUUAUCUACAAUCGAGAAGUCAGAAGUCCCAAGGUAACCAGGAAAGGCCCCCUAUCAGAGCAUUUUAUAACCGCAGUAUUUCAUCCCACUAGUAAUUCUACAGAGAUCCUAAAAUCGCCUGAUACUUUAAUCACGUAUAAGAUGAUUAUAGUACUUGGAUGUGCACCAUUGCUAGUCAUCUUGGGUGUCUGCUCUCUAUUCUAUAGACACUAUAGAAAAACAAAGUCGGUACUGGAACAGAAGGCUCCAGACAAUUAUGAAGAUGCUAUUAACGCUACUGAAGAAUCCCAAAUGACAACGUUAGUUGGGGGCAGAUUUUUGACAAUGACAAAUAACUAUUUGGAUUUGCAGAGGACAAGUUUUAGUCCUACACCACCAUCCAUUCAAUGCCAAUCGAAAGAAUACGAAAAUAUAACAGCUAAUGCCAAACAAGGAAAUCCGACCCACUGUUAACAAAUGGCGUAAGACCAAGCAGAUAUGAUUACAUUAUUAUCAGUCUCUCCUUAAAAUUAAUAUUAAAAAAAACUUUUGAAGGAGAAUUUAACAAUAGGAGUGCUAGCCUUAAUUUAGUAUUUUACAUGGGAACAAAUUGCAAAUUAAUUUUGUCUCUUUUUUUUUUUAUUUCACAGCGAUAUGUGCCUAGAAAGCUCAACAUGCAUUUAAUAAAACGAUAUCAAAAUAUAUUUAAACAUUUUUUUUAAGUUAAUCUUAUUAUUUUUCUUCAAAGCAUCA